AUGGGUGACCAUCUACCAUACGCCGCAGAUGCGGAGUCCCCUCUGAAGCCUGCCGAACUACAAGUCCUCCGCCACCAGUACGAAAAGGAAGGCGAAUACGUCUCUCUCCAAACAAAGUUCAACUUCGCCUGGGGUCUCAUCAAAUCUACCCAACGACCCGAACAACAAGAAGGUGUCCGUCUCCUCACAGAAAUCUUCCGCUCCUCUCCCGACCGCCGUCGCGAAUGUCUGUACUACCUCGCUCUCGGCAACUACAAAUUAGGCUCUUAUGCCGAAGCCCGUCGCUAUAAUGAGCUGUUGGUGGAUCUUGAGCCUAACAACUUGCAAGCGCAGAGUUUGAGGCAACUGAUUGACGACAAGGUUGCUAAGGAGGGUUUGAUGGGUGUCGCUAUUGUGGGUGGUUUGGCUGUUGCUGCCGGCGUCGUUGGCGGUCUAAUCUUCAAGGGUGCUAGGGGGUCAAGAAGAUAG